GUCACAUGACUCCGUCUCUCAAAACCCGGAAGUCAGAGGGCGGUGCUUUGGAAAGGGCUGUGUGGCUGGAAAACAAGCAUCCACCAUGACAGCCAUCAAGCAUGCUCUCCAGAGGGACAUCUUUACACCCAACGAUGAGCGUCUCCUUGGCAUCGUUAAUGUCUGCAAGGCAGGAAAGAAAAAGAAGAACUGCUUCUUGUGUGCAACUGUUACCACAGAGAGGCCUGUCCAGGUUAAAGUGGUAAAGGUGAAGAAGUCUGACAAAGGAGACUUUUACAAGCGACAGCAGACCUGGGAGCUUCGAGAUCUGACAGAAGUGGACGCCAAAGAUGCAAGCAAGGAAAACCCUGAAUUUGACCUUCACUUUGAGAAGGUGUAUCGGUGGGUUGCUAGCAGUACAGCUGAGAAGAACUCCUUCAUCUCCUGUAUCUGGAAGCUGAACCAGCGUUACUUGAGGAAGAAACUGGAGUUUGUGAAUGUCAGUUCUCAGCUCCUGGAAGAACUUCCUAAAGCGGAAGAGUCGGUGCCAAGUGGCGAGAGCCAGAGUGUUGCCGGGGGAGAUGAGGAUGCUCUGGAUGACUACCAGGAGCUUAGUACCCGUGAAGAGCAGGACAUUGAGAGUAUGAUGGAGAUGUGCGAGUACGCCAUUUCCAACGCUGAGGCUUUUGCAGAGCAGCUCUCCAGAGAGCUUCAAGUUCUAGAUGGGGCUAAUAUCCAGUCCAUCAUGGCAUCAGAGAAGCAAGUCAAUAUCCUGAUGCAGCUGCUGGAUGAAGCCCUGGGUGAGGUAGACACAAUUGAAGGCAAGCUGAGCAGCUAUGAAGAGAUGCUUCAGAGCGUCAAGGAGCAGAUGGACCAGAUCUCACAGAGCAAUCGCCUCAUCCAGAUCAGCAACACCAACAACGGCAAACUGCUGGAUGAGAUUCAAUUCUUAGUGAACUACAUGGACCUGUCAAAGGGACACAUCAGGGCUCUGCAGGAAGGAGACCUGACCUCCCCCAAAGGGAUCGAGGCCUGCAUCAAUGCCUCUGAAGCUCUUCUGCAGUGCAUGAAUGUUGCUCUCCGACCAGGCCAUGACAAGCUGAUGGCUGUGAAACAACAGCAGCACCUGUUUGCUGAGCUGAGAGACACCUUUGCCCGCCGCCUUACUAAUCACCUCAACAAUGUGUUUGUUCACCAGGGCCAUGAUCAGAGCUCUACCUUGUCCCAACACACAGCGGAGUUGACUCUGCCCAAACACAGCCCCCUCCACAGAGACCUGCUGCGCUACGCCAAGCUGAUGGAGUGGCUGAAGAACACCCACAGAGAGAAAUACGAGGGCCUGUCGAGGACCUAUGUUGACUACAUGAGUAGACUGUAUGAACGAGAAAUCAAAGAUUUCUUUGAGGUUGCCAAGAUAAAGAUGGCGGGUACAACCAAGGAAGCAAAGGGAAAGUUUGCCACGCUUCCGCGGAAAGAGAGUGCACUCAAACAGGAAACAGAGAGCCUACAUGGCAGCUCUGGGAAGUUGACAGGUUCUACCUCGAGCCUGAACAAGCUGACGGUGCAGGGCUCCAACAGCCGACGCUCCCAGUCCUCCUCGCUGCUGGACAUGGGCAAUAUGUCCGCCUCAGACUUAGACGUGGCUGACAGGACCAAGUUUGACAAGAUAUUUGAGCAGGUCCUCAGUGAACUGGAGCCUCUGUGUCUUGCGGAACAAGACUUCAUCAGCAAGUUCUUCAAGCUGCAGCAGCACCCAACAAUUUCACCCCCCCUUGCUCAGCCAGAGACAGAGGAAUCAGAUGGAGGAACGCCAUCAAGAAUUCCUCCCCAGGCAGAACAUAGACACUCCUUGUCAUCAGAGAAAGAUAUUGUGCGGCUGAUGAUGAAUAAAAUCUUCCAGAGCAUCGAGACGGAGCUCAACAGUCUCAUUGCUUUGGGUGACAAGAUUGACAGCUUCAACUCUCUGUACAUGCUGGUGAAGAUGAGCCAUCAUGUUUGGACAGCUGAGAAUGUUGACCCAGCCUCGUACCUCAGCACUACUUUGGGAAACGUGCUGGUCACUGUCAAGAGAAACUUUGAUAAAUGCAUUUCUGGCCAGAUAAGACAGAUGGAGGAAGUUAAGAUUUCAAAGAAAAGCAAAGUUGGUAUCCUGCCUUUCGUUACUGGAUUUGAGGAGUUUGCUGAGCUCGCUGAAACAAUCUUCCGUAAUGCAGAGCGCCGUGGGGAUCUGGAUAAAGCAUACGUUAAACUUAUCAGGGCUGUCUUCAUGAAUGUGGAGAAGGUAGCCAACGAGAGCCAGAAGACACCACGUGAUGUUGUGAUGAUGGAGAACUUCCACCACAUCUUUUCUACCCUGUCACGCCUUAAGAUCUCAUGUCUGGAUGCAGAGAGGCGAGAAGCCAAGCACAAAUACACAGACCAUCGACAGUCAUAUGUAAUCAACUCUCUUGGCCAGCCUCUGGAAAAACUCAAUCAUUUCUUUGAGGGAGUGGAGGCGCGAGUAGCUCAAGGUGUCCGUGAGGAGGAGGUGAGCUACCAGCUGGCCUUCAACAAACAAGAACUGCGCAAAGUUAUUAAAGAAUAUCCUGGAAAAGAGGUGAAAAAGGGACUCGACAACCUUUACAAGAAGGUUGACAAACAUCUGUGUGAAGAAGAAAGUCUGCUACAAGUGGUGUGGCACUCCAUGCAAGACGAGUUCAUCCGGCAGUACAAGCACUUUGAGGAUUUGAUAGGCAGAUGCUACCCCGGGUCUGGAAUCACCAUGGAGUUUACCAUUCAGGACAUGUUGGAGUACUUCUCAAGCAUUGCACAGUCUCAUUAAUGAAUUAAUUAAAGCUGCUCUUCACUGUUUAUAAUAACAUGUCACUACUGCCUCACACUGGCUGAAGAUACACUAGCUUAUCACAAACUACCCUGCAUUGUUUUUUGGACAAUAAGCCUUUCUUUGAGUGUGAGAAAUUAUGUAUGUCAAUGAAAGAGAUGUGUACAAACGUUUGAUUGAUACAAACGUGUGCAUGUUUGAGAUUCAACACUCUGCUCAAAGUACUCCUUUAUGUGUUAUAUUUUUUUGUUAUUUCUUUAUGCUAUAUGUAUAUAAUAAAUUUACAUUUGCCAACCCA